GGUACAUAACUGAACUAUGACCUGCAGAGAAACAGUAGUUUCACUUUGUGGUACAGGUUUCCAAUUGUAAACAAAACAACAACAGCGUUUUCUGCGAUAGUAAAAAACGACUUAACUCGUCAUAUGUCCGGUGUUUGACAUGGGGAACAGUGAGGGUGAGCUGGAGGAGGAUGACACCGAGUGGAGGAGCAGCUUCCUGGACUCAGCUCCUGCUCCUGCUGCUCCUGGUGUUCCUGCUGCUGCUGCUGCUCCGGGUCCAAGCCUGAAUAAGCCAUCAGCAGCGACCUCUGCACACAGAGUCAUUCUGCAUUUUGACCUGGACUGCUUCUACGCUCAGGUGGAAAUGAUCAGAAACCCAGCACUGAGAGAAGUCCCUUUAGGUAUCCAGCAGAAAUACAUCAUAGUCACCUGCAACUAUGUGGCAAGAGACCUGGGUCUCACCAAACUGAUGUCUGUGGUUGAUGCGAAGGAGAAAUGUCCUCAGCUGGUGCUGGUUAAAGGAGAAGACUUGACACACUACAGAGAAAUGUCCUAUAAGGUGACAGAGCUCCUGUCGUCCUACUGUCCACUUGUCGAGAGGCUUGGAUUUGAUGAAAACUUCAUGGACGUCACAGAGAUGGUAGAAAGACGGCUAAUGCAGACGCCAGACCUGAACAACUUUUCAUUUACAGGACACGUCUACAACCAUGUCAGUGCAAAUGUUAAAGCCAGUGACCACCCGAGGAUGGCUUUAGGUUCACACAUUGCAGCAGAGCUGAGAGAAGCCAUCCACAGCAAACUGGGUCUGACUGGCUGUGCUGGCAUUGCCACAAACAAGCUCCUGGCCAAACUGGUGUCUGGCGCCUUCAAACCCAAUCAGCAGACAACGCUGCUGCCGGAAAACCUCUGCGACAUCAUAGGCUCCCUGAGCAGUCUCCGCAAAGUACCAGGGAUAGGUCACCAAACUGCCAAAAGACUUCAAGCCCUGGGAUUGGUCAGCAUCCAAGACCUACAGAGCUUCCCAUUGAAAGACUUGGUGAGCGAGUUUGGAGGUCCCAGUGCUCAGCGCUUGAAGAAUCUGGUCAUUGCCGUAGAUGACUCCCCUGUCACCCCUACUGGGCCCCCUCAGUCUCUCAGUGAUGAAGACUCGUUCAAAAAAAUGUCAUCAACUAAAGAUGUUUUGCAUAAGAUUCAACAGCUCCUGAGCAGUCUGGUGGAAAGGAUGAACAAAGACGGAAGGCAGCCUCAAACCUUCCGGCUCACCAUCCGCAAAUACUCGCCAACCAACAAGUGGUUCAGCCGCGAGAGCCGACAGUGUCCGAUCCCCAACCACAUCGGCCAGAAGAUCCCCUCUGGCAGCAGAGAUGAUGCUGUGCUCCAGCUGGUCCCAUUGGCCAUGAAGCUCUUCCACAAGAUGGUGGACAGCAACGCCGCCUUCCACCUCACCCUCAUCAACGUGUGCUUCAGUAACCUGCAGACCAGGGGAGCAGCCGUCAGCGGAAAGGGUUCCAUAACAUCUUUCUUCUCACAUGGCACUUCUCCGAGAAAAACACAGACCAGCUCGUCACAAAGUCAGCAGAAUGAUUCCUCUCAGGCAGCGGACAGUCACUGCAUGGAUCAUCAGUUCAGCAUGCACAACAUGGUUAUACAACCCACCUCACCAAUGGCGGUAACCACAGAAAGCCCUUCCAGCUACGAGGCAGCAUUACAUGGAUCCAAAUGGAAACAAAGCUCUGUUGUUGCUGUUAAAGACCCUCCACUUCAGACAGGAUGCAGCACAGCAAGGUCAGACUCUGACGAAACAAGCAACACCGGGACUCAUCGAUUGCCCCCGAAUGUUGACCCAGAAGUGUUCGAGCUUCUCCCUGAGGAUAUCCAGGUGGAACUGUUGUCUCCUGCCUACGUAAACUCUUUUCCCAGCACUUCUGCGAGCUCCUCAGCACCAGCCACAGUCCCUGAUGUCCCCCACAUCCAAAAAUCCCCAUCACCAGAACCUUCACGGCCCUUUACAGAAAAUAUUGAAGGGACCGUAAACGAAUUGGAUCCUUCUUGCAGAGCGACCACAGUGAAUCAUCAGAGGCCUCUGGCCACAAGUGCAUUUCUAGUAAAGGAAGAAGGGAGACCGUCAUUCCUUGGGUCUUCUGACUGCAAAUUCCCGGUAAAUGUGGACCCUGAGGUUUUUUCCGAGCUUCCGCCGGAUGUUCAACGGGAGCUGAUGUCUGAAUGGAAGCAGCAGAAGCCGGUGCUGAAGACCCCAUCAUCCAGGAAACCAGGGAGAAUGACCAAAGACAGAAAGGCUGCAGGGAAAGGAGGUCAGGCAAACAGUCUGUUAAAGUAUUUCAAACCCACUUAGAGAACAGAACACCUGACAAGUUACCGCUGCUAAAGAUCGUUUAUGACAAUGUUGAUAAUCAAAAAUGUUAUUUUUCUAUUUUAAUUUAAGAUUUAUUUUCUUGUUCCUUGUUCUGAAGAUAUAGGGUGAAGGGUUAGGGGAAAAAAUAAAAAAAUAAAAGAAACUUUGUCUAAUUUGGUGAGGCUUUUUGUUUUUUGGUGACACGACCACAGGUCUCAUGAAAAAGUACAUGAUGUGUACAGUAAACUAAUAGAACAUUGGUUUAAAAGUAAAAGAAAAUAAGACACAGUAGAAGUGGGGAGGAAGAGUGGUUUCACACCACAUCAGCAUUACUGACACAAUUAAUUGAGGAAUUACUGAAUGGAAUGUAACAGCCUCAUAAACGACUCUUAACUGAGGCUCCACUUACAAGCAGCAGCUUUCAGCAGCGUCUCAACAGUAGUUGAAUGUUCUACAAAGAGCCAGUAAGUGGACUUUGAGUUGAAAACAACUGUUGCCAAAGUCGAGAAUUAUUGUUUUUGCUCCAACGAUGACUUCGAUUAACACGUUUGAUAAUCCCAACAAUAAAAACUAAAAAGCUUGA